ACAACCCACAAUUCUACAGUAAAGUUAUCUCUCCGUUGCAGUGAAAAAAAGAAAACCGUCAGGUUAAACACGCGGUCCCUGGGAGCAAAACAAAACGUCGACUCACCAUUGCAUAAACUAAAUACUUCCGUUAAAUUUAACAGCCCCUUUCCCGAUAAGUAAUCAACACCUAAAUAAAUAUGCUGGUGAUCUGGAUUAUCGGGGGCCCGGGCUGCGGCAAGGGCACUCAGUGCGAGAAAAUCAUCAACAAGUACGGCUUUGUCCACCUGAGCAGCGGUGAUCUUCUGAGGGAGGAGGUCGCCAGCGGCAGUCCUCGCGGUGCCGAUCUAAGCAAGCUCAUGUCCCAAGGCCUCUUUGUACCCACGGAGGUCGUCCUGACGCUGAUCAAGGAGAGGAUAGAGAAGGCCAAACAGGAGAAUCCCAAUUUGAAGGGCGUCCUGAUAGACGGCUACCCGCGUGAAUUGGACCAGGGACUUCAGUUCGAAAAGACUGUUGGCCCGGUAGAUAUAGUUAUUUACUUCGAAGUCGCCAACGAAACGCUCAUCAAGCGAUUGCUCGGCCGAGCUGCCGCGGCAUCCGUCAAGAGGGAGGACGACAAUGAGGAGACCAUCAAAAAGCGGAUUGAAAUUUUUAACGAGAAGAACGGAAAAAUCGUCGAGCAUUACGGGAGUAAGGUCAAGAAGAUCGUUGCCGAAGGCGACAUCAACGACAUUUUCCAAGAAGUGACCAAGUGUAUCGAUCCCCUGUUGAAAUGCUAAGGACUUUGAGUCAUCGCUCGAUAAUUUGACAAAUGCUCACAAGCUCGCGGAUAGCUGGUUAUGUCAAAACUCAAAAGAUCCAAGUCAACUCUGAUGAGGCACUAAUGAAAUACGCUUAUAUUAAAUGUCCUGUUUGAUGUUUCGGUGAUGAAACUUACCUACAUACCUAUAUAUUUUCUUAUGGCUGUUGUCGAUCCGCCUAUGAUUAAAUUUCAUGAUAAAUAGCGUGGAUCGAGGUACAAAAUCAUUUUGACACGUAGGUAAAAAAUGUAUUGUAGAGAGGAUAAGACAGUGUACAAUGAAUGAUAAGAAAAGCACAAAAUUGAAAGUAAUAAAAGAAGACGAAAAAAAAUGGAUGAAAAAACGAA